AUGUGUCAAGAUCGUGAGGAGGGGCUAUCAAGCCUCGUCUUCGGAACGACUGAGCCCAACGACAACACGAUCGAGAUAUUCCAGACACCAACACACCAUCCUCUCAUCUUACAAUCCAAACAACCUUCAACAACCAAAACCCAACUCUUCAACCAAGGAACCCCCUUACCAACCAUCAGUAAGCGGUUUUCCUCUCAUCAUCCAAGAGUCAGAACAGCUAACUCGAUCAUAGAAAUGAAGACUUCCGCCAUCAUCGCCGUCGCCGCCCAGGCCGUUGCCGUCUUUGCCAACUGCAGAGUUCAGGUCCUCGACGCCAACAACUUCCAGAUCGGCACCGCCUGCAUCCCUAAGGAUGGACAGGGCUCCGUCAGUUACAACGGCCGCAACUACUUCAUCACCGCCACCUCCAGCUGUGGCCUCGGCUUCAUCAGCACCCAGACUCACCCUGCUGGCUGGCAGCUCAAGCUCCUCGGCAACUGCUAA